CCUAAUCCUAGCAAAGCCAAACCUAUAUUAAAAAGUGACGAUAUUUGUGUGAAGCUUCAAACAAAUGACACGCGGUAAAUUCUCAUUCACCCGUUUAAUUUUAUCUUUGACCCCGUCCUUUUUCUUUUGAGAGGCAGGCUUUCGCGAGCUCAGUCACGGAUCCCUUGGCGACGAUUCAGCUGGACCGAAAAGCUUCUCUAGUCCCGGGCAAGCACAGCGCGAUAGGUGUGCUCGAUCAAUCGCUCGCUCCAUCGCUCAAUCGCGCGCUCUCCGUGCGAUUGAUUGAUGGGUUCUUCUUGCGAUGGUGGAGGCGGAGGAGGAGGAGAAGUGAGCUGCUGUAGAUCGCCCAAAUCGCCCGGCUUGUUCCUCGUGACAGGGAUCAAAUCCAAGCAGAUGCUCGUCUCGCUGCUCGCGAUCGUUUGUGGCCUCCUGCUGCUGCUCAAGAACCCAUCCUUGCUCGAAUCCGAGCGCUGGAGACCCGUCAUAUUCCAGCAGGACCAUCACCUGGACCUCGGCAGUGCUUUAAAGAAUGACCGAGCCGUUCCCAUCGCGGCUUCACACAGCUCACACUCCACGAACUUUGGAAUCUCCCCAUCUAUCGACGAUGACACCACCAACACAAAUGGCAGUGGUGAUCGCUGCGAUUUCUCGCGUGGGCGAUGGGUUUUCGACGAGACAAAGCCGCGCUACACUGGCCACCACUGCCGGGCAUGGCUUUCCAAGCCCUGGAUGUGUAGAUUGGAUCGACAUCACAACUUAAGUUACGAGAGCUACCGCUGGCAGCCGCGCGGAUGUGACUUGCCAGGCUUUGAUUCCACACAGCUCCUCCACAGAUUGAGGAACAAGACGAUAGCGUUCGUGGGCGAUUCGCUGGGGCGGCAGCAGUACCAGUCGAUGAUUUGUAUGCUGGUGGGCGACGCUUCCAUGCCCAAGAUCACGGACGUUUCGAUCGAGUAUGGGCUGGUGACCAAGGGCGAGGGCGCGCAACGAUUCGCCGCCACCAACACGACGGUCCUCUUCCACUGGUCGGCGUCGCUGGGCGAUCCGCAGCCCCUCGAGGCCGGGCUAUGGGCGCUCCACCUCGAUCGAGCGCCGGGGUUUCUCGCCAGGAACGCGCAGAGAUUGGAUGUGGUGAUCGUCAACACUGGUCACCACUGGAAUCGGGGAAAGAUCCGCGCGAACAAGUGGGUCCUCCAUGUCGAUGGCAAGGUCGCGAAUUUGCGAGUGGAUGCCGCGAGGAGGAUCGCGCUGACGAGCGCGGCGCGGUGGCUGGGCGAGCAGCGGGAGAGGAUCCGGGGAUUCGUGAGGAGCUUGUCGCCCAGGCACUUCCGGGGCGGGGACUGGAACUCUGGCGGGCGAUGCGAUGGGAUUCGAGAGAUCGAGGAGGAGGAAGAGCUUGGCGGGGAUUUGAUCGCCCAGGAAGCCGUGAGGAGCACGAAUGGAGCAGUGACGCUGCUGGAGAUUAGCAAUCUCUCCAGGACGAGGGGCGAGGCUCACAUCUCCUCGGCAUUCGUUGGAUCGUCCUCUUCUUCUUCUUCAUCCUCUCCCAGGCAGCAGGAUUGCUUGCACUGGUGCUUGCCCGGCGUCCCCGAUACUUGGAACGAGCUCUUGUUCGCCCAUCUCAUCGAUGAUCGUGCCCCUUGAUUCUUUCCACGCUGGGAUAUCGCAGUUUUCCUCGCAGAUGGAAUGAUCUGUGCCUCUCGAGCUCGCGGAUCCGUGGGGAAUCUCUUUUUCCGGAUGGGUGUAUGGAUCUUGCGGCUGCGUGGAAGAGGCCGAGGCCUUUUCUCGUGAUUUUAGAGCGAUCACGUUGCCCGCGUUUGAUGCACUCACGGAUUGUUUUUGGAAUGCCCAGGAAAAAUCAAAUGCAACUAACAUUGCCCAGUGGAGACGAUA